GCGGAAAGGGAGGAGGCAAGGAGAGCAGUCCUUCUCGCCCUCUGCCCCCGCUCGCCUCUCUGCCACCUCCUUUCUGCCGCUCAAAAGAGAGAGGAAGUUUUCGCCUCGGGAUGCCGCUGGCUGCCUUUCCGCUGCUAGUCUAGUCCCUUCCUCCGAGCAGCCUCCUCUCUCUCUCGAGCUUCUCUUCUCUUCCCUUUCCUUGUGGCGAGGGAGAAGGAAGAAGAGAGCGUAAGGUGGCUUUCUGGGGGGAUAGAUUCCAUUCCUUGGAAGAGGAGGAGGAGAAGUAGUGGGGAAUUGGGUAGCUAGGCCAGAUCAAUUGCUUUCUCUCGAUUCUCCUCGCCUUUUCUCCGACUUUUCUCCCCCGUGGUUGGUUGGUUGGCUGUUCCUUGCUUGCGAGGGGGUUCUUGGUUCUUGGCGCAGAAAGGAACGACAGAUCAGUCGGUCGGUCAGUCGUCCAGUCCCCUGUUCUAGUGGCGAGUGAAGUGACGAGCGUGGUUUCUUGGGAGUUUGGAGCCGGUGAGGAAGGAGGAGAACGAAGAUGGCCGCCGCACCGCCGCCCAAGGCCGACGAGCUGCAGCCGCAUCCGCCCAAGGAGCAGCUCCCCAGCGUGUCGUUCUGCAUCACAAGCCCGCCGCCAUGGCCCGAGGCCGUGAUUCUAGGAUUUCAGCAUUUCAUAGUCAUGCUGGGCACCACCGUCAUCAUACCAAGCGCGCUUGUUCCUCAAAUGGGAGGUGGAAAUGAGGAGAAAGCCCGGGUAAUCCAGACGCUCUUGUUCGUCGCCGGCAUAAACACCUUACUGCAAACCUUCUUCGGGUCUCGCCUCCCCGUCGUCAUGGGUGGCUCCUACACCUUCGUCGCGCCGACCAUCUCCAUCAUCUUGGCCGGGCGCUACGACAAUGAGACAGACCCUCACGAGAAAUUCCUACGGACGAUGAGGGGGACACAAGGCGCUCUCAUAAUCGCGUCGACGAUCCAGAUCAUCCUUGGCUUCAGCGGCCUCUGGCGCAAUGUUGUCAAAUUGCUGAGCCCAUUGUCUGCAGUUCCUCUUGUUUCGCUUGUCGGAUUUGGGCUUUAUGAGCUUGGCUUCCCAGCGGUAGCCAAGUGCGUGGAAAUUGGUCUUCCAGAACUCAUCCUGAUGGUCGCAUUUUCUCAGUAUUUGCCUCAUGUGCUGCAUUCUGGGAAGGGUGUCUUCGGCCGGUUUUCUGUUCUUUUCACCGUCUCAAUCGUGUGGCUGUACGCAUACAUCCUCACAAUCAGUGGCGCCUACAAGAACGUCAAGCUGAAGACGCAGGCGCAUUGCCGCGUCGAUCGUUCAGGGCUGAUCGGAGGAGCUCCAUGGAUAAGCGUUCCGUAUCCGUUUCAGUGGGGGGCUCCUACAUUCGAUGCUGGGGAAUGUUUUGCAAUGAUGAUGACUUCAUUCAUUGCCAUUGUAGAGUCCACUGGAGCCUUCAUUGCUGCUUCAAGGUAUGCAAGUGCGACGAUGAUACCUCCAUCGAUCGUUAGUCGGGGAAUUGGUUGGCAGGGCAUCGGUAUCUUGCUUGAUUCAUUCUUUGGAACAGCCAAUGGAACCUCAGUUGCAGUGGAGAAUGUUGGUUUACUUGCCGUGACACAUGUUGGCAGCAGGAGAGUCGUGCAAAUAUCUGCGGGCUUCAUGAUUUUCUUCGCUGUCCUAGGAAAAUUUGGAGCCCUGUUCGCGUCCAUUCCACUGCCUAUAUUUGCUGGCAUGUACUGUGUUUUCUUCGCAUAUGUCGGUGCCUGUGGUCUGAGCUUCCUCCAGUUCUGCAACUUGAACAGCUUCAGGACCAAGUUCAUCCUGGGCUUCUCCUUCUUCAUCGGCAUAUCAGUUCCUCAGUACUUCAACGAGUACGCCUCCGUCUCGGGCCAUGGCCCGGUGCACACGGGCGCAAGAUGGUUCAACGACAUGAUCAACGUGCCCUUCUCGAACAAGCCGUUCGUGGCGGGGCUGGUGGCCUACUUCCUGGACAACACGAUGCACCUGCACCAGAGCGCGGUGAGGAAGGACAGGGGCUACCACUGGUGGGACAAGUUCAGGAGCUUCAAGAAGGACGCCAGGAGCGAGGAGUUCUACUCCCUGCCCUUCAACCUCAACAAGUUCUUCCCUUCCGUCUGAUCGUCGUGUCGCGGGAGAAGGGCGCUGUCGAUCCACUUGUUGGUGCAUUGGCUGAACAUGGUCCUGCUAGCUUGAUCUGUCGAGUUUUCGUGGUGCCGCUGUGCGUCAGUUUUGUGUAUUUAUGGACGAGAUGGACUGAUUGGACCAGUGGGGACGCCAUGUUCGUUUUUUGGUUCUGCGCGGAUCAACGUCUCAUAAGUGAUACCUGUUGUUAAUCUGUGGAUGUACAUGCUGCUUCCCUAGCCCAGGAAGAAAAGAUCAUCACUAGUAUGGUGGCUUAUAAUGCUAGUAAUUUAUUUCCUAGAAAUUAAAGAGAGAAGCGUUCAGUUUU